AUGACUCGUGCAAUUGAAACAGUUAAGAAAAAUGGAACGUUUGUUGAGAUUGCUCAAUGGGAAAUCAUGAAUAUUAUAACUGAUAUUUAUAAUUCAACAGAAACGACAUCAUGGAACGACAAUGUUAAUGACGAAUUCAAAUCGAUUCUUGGAAGACUAAUUAACAAAAAUCGUGUAGAUGCUGUCCUUUUCAUUUAUCGUCAUUUGUAUCAUGUUAGAGAUUUCUUUAAUCAGUCAAAGAAUUGUCGAACUAUUGUUGAUCAUAUAACAGGAAAUGAAUUAGGAGGACAAUUAAUCAAAACAUUCAUCGACAAGAAACCAUUGCAAAAUUGGAUUAUUGGGAAAGAUUUGAUAUUCAUCUUGUUACAGAAGAAAGAACGGAAAUUGUUGAAAAAAUUAUUUCUAUUAUUUCCAUUUCUUGUUCAUCAAUUAGAUGAGGAUGGGAAUGAUCCAUUACUUCACAUUUGUCUCAAAGUUCGUGGUUGUCGACAUCGGUUUGUUCAAUUUCUAACCACAAUGAAAGCUGAUCUUCAAAGAAUUAAUUUCAAUGGUGAAGACUUUUUUGGUGCAAUUCAUCUGGAGAGAAAUCGAAAACUAUUGAAAAAGUUGAAUAUGGAAGAAAUCAAUCAUGAACAGAGAAAUAUCCGAUUCAUAGAGAUCAUUUCUAAUGUGUAA